AUGGAGAAGAUUGUACACAGGAUGGUGGAUGUGAACGGCAUUAACAUGCACAUAGCGGAGCUUGGCCAUGGCCCAACGGUCCUCCUCAUCCACGGCUUCCCGGAGCUCUGGUACAGUUGGCGCCAUCAGAUCCUCUACCUUGCCGCCCAUGGCUACCAUGCAGUAGCACCAGAUCUCCGUGGCUAUGGAGACACCACCGGACCUCCACUUGAUGAUGUCACCAAGUUCACCACCUUCCAAGUCGUUGGUGACUUGGUGUCACUCAUCGAUCAAGUGGCCAGUCUGGAUGAAAAGGUGUUGGUGGUGGGCCAUGACUGGGGUGCGAUUAUUGCAUGGUGUUUGUGCCUUUACAGGCCUGAUAAAGUGAAGGCAUUGGUGAAUAUGAGUGUUGCUUAUAUUCCAAGAAACCCAAAAUUUAAACCAGUUGAUGGAAUACGUGCUAUUUACGGCAAUGAUCACUACAUUUCGAGAUUUCAGGAGCCUGGAGUAAUCGAAGAUGAAUUUGCGGAAUUGGGCAUUGAAAGGGCUCUAAAAAAGUUCUUAGCUUAUCGCAACCCCACCCCGCCAGUUCUACCCAAGAAUCUAAGUUUAGAAGACUCACCCGAUAAUCCGAUACUCUUGCCUUCAUGGUUGUCUGAAGGCGACAUUGCUUACUAUACAAGCAAAUACGAGAAAACUGGAUUUACGGGUGGUCUAAAUUAUUAUCGAGCCAUGAACUUGAACUGGGAGUUGAGUGCGCCAUGGACCGGAGCCCAAGUGAAAGUACCGGCUAAGUUCAUAGUGGGUGAGAUCGACUUGACUUACAACACCAUGGGAAUUCAAGAUUAUAUACACAAAGGUGGGUUCAAAAAAGAAGUACCGCUCUUAGAAGAUGUGAUCAUAAUGGAAGGCGUGGGGCAUUUUCUGCACGAAGAGAAACCCGAUGAGAUCAAUCAACAUAUCGACCGAUUCUUCAAACAAUUCUGUGAUGAUGAAUUAAAUUAG